AUGAAGGGUCUUUGGUUUCCAGAUGCAAGGGAACGCUCUGGAACAGAACAUGGGAUCCUGGCAGAAUUCACCAAGCUUCAGCGUGAUGUUGGGAUCCAAGUGUCUCCUCUGGACCUCAGUGCAAAAUCUCUACGCAUUUCCAUAACUAAACUUCAGUCAGAGAAAGAGUUACUUGCACUGACCGGCAUCAGUACGUUUGAAUUGUUUUAUAACCUCACAGAACUGUUUUGGGAAAGCCGGCUGCUGAACAGUUCCAGGUCAUUUACUUUAAGUGAUGAAGAUGUCGUCCUUCUCACAUUAAUGAAGCUUUAUCACAACAUGUCAUAUUCAUUGCUGGCAGUCUUGUUCAAUGUGCACAGAACAAGUGCAUCUAACUUGUGCACUCAGGGCCUGCAGGUGUUGGCUACCAUUCCCAAAGAAGCAGUUGUUUGGCCUGAGAAGGUGGAUGUCUGCAGGACUCUGACAGUGUACUUCAAAUCGUUUCGAAACACUAGGGUUGUGCUCGGUUGCACAGAAGUCGAGAUACAGCGCCCCAAGGAUUUGCCAUCCCGUAUCCUGACUUACAGCAAUUACAAGAAGACGUACACAGUCAUGUUCCUGAUUGGUGAAACCCCAGGGGGGCUUAUAAGCUUUCUAAGCAAGGCAUAUGGUGAGAGGACAUCUGAUGUCUACAUCACCAAGGAUUCUGGGGUUAUUGGUCUGUGUGAGCCUUAUGUAGACUCUGUGAUGGUUGACCGUGGAUUCCUUAUUGAUCAUAUGUGUGAUGAUGCUGGUAUCGAGGUAGUGAGACCACCUUUUCUGAGAGGGCAAAAGCAAUAUUCGGAGGUGGAUGCCAUAAGAACUGUGAGGAUAGCAAGGGCAAGAGUCCACGUUGAAAGAGGGAUCCAGAGAAUGAAGAGGUUCAAAGUACUCAAGAAAGUCAGCCACGAGUUGCUGCCAUACAUUCAUAACAUUGCCACUGUGAUUGCUGGCAUUGUGAAUUUAAGCAAGCCAAUUUUUGCUGAUGACAAGUAUUUGACAUAA